AAUCUGUCCGGGAAGCUUGAUGCAUAUUAAACAGAUGAUCUGUGUGACGUUCAGUUAGAGAGAUAAUAAUCAGUCUGGUCAGAUGAGAAAACACUCGUCGUUUCACCUCUCAACACACGCCCCCAACAAAAGAAAAAACAGUUUUUUAAAAUAAAAAAGUCUUAGAACCUAUUGAGGAUUCUCUCGGUGUCUCUCUCACGUUUCGCUGUGGGUCGUGCACGGACGGAUUGAAACUGGAGGAAUGGGUUUGAAUUCGGAGAGAAAAGCAGUCGGUCACAGAAAGGGUUCGUCGAAUCCUCCCGGGACCAGGGAGUGCCGUUAAAAACCUGACCGAGGCUCGCAGUCGGUCCGCUUAGUAAGUGCGGCUGAGGGGAGACGGACAGAGUCCCGGGGGGUGGGGCUGCUCUUACUCAUCACACAGCGGGAGAAGGCAAGGAACCCCGCGCCACAAGGUGCUUAUCAAAGCCGUGUUGUAUGUGAAGGGCAGUAAGAGAUGGCUACAAUCAGCACCCACCAGUCAUACCCAUGUGUUCACAGACUCUCGGUCAGGAAUAAUGAUGAUGAGCUCGAGAGAAUGGAAAAUGGCAGCAGCAGGACUCACUCACUGUGUGAGGACACCUCUUCUGAACUGCAGGGAGUGAUCUCCAUGGAGACCAAACGGCAGGCUGAUUCCCGCCGGAGUUCUUUCACAGGCGCAGGAGCUCUAGCCAGGUUCAGUCAUUUCAUCGUCAUGGUGAGGAACUGGACAACUCGACGAAUGCACAGUGAAGACCAGAGGCCAGAUUCUUUCUUGGAACGCUUUCGAGGACCGGAGAUAAAGGACGUGUCAAGUCGGGACAGCAACAGCCAAUCAGCUAUGGGCAAUCUCGAGCAUCAAGCAAAGAGCAAAAGCCAUGGGCUCCUGGCAAAAUUCAUCACCAACAAUUGCAACAACAAAGAAGAUGACACAAAGAGCAAAAUGGAAGAAAAGAAAGAUGAGGAAAAGAAAGGGGAAAAUGAUGAGAAAAAGAAGCAAGUGAAGAAGGAUUGGUACGUCAUUGACCCUUCAGAAAAUCUUUAUUACAGAUGGCUUUCUGUUAUCGCAGUGCCUGUACUGUACAACUGGUGUAUGCUGGUAUGCAGGGCUUGUUUCGAUGAACUUCAAACAAAAAAUCUUGCCCUGUGGCUGGUGCUGGAUUACCUCUCUGAUAUAAUCUACGUUAUAGAUUCAGCUGUAAGAUUCCGAACAGGUUUUCUUGAACAAGGAUUGCUGGUUAAGGAUACAAAGAAACUGAGAGAGAAUUACAUGAGGAUGGCUCAGUUUAAGCUCGACAUGCUCUCUCUUUUACCAACAGACUUAGCCUAUAUUUGGUUGGGGUUUAACUACCCAGAGGUGAGAUUUAAUCGUCUCUUCCGUUUUAGCCGAAUGUUUGAAUAUUUUGAUCGCACAGAAACCAGGACAAACUACCCUAACAUGUUUCGAAUUGGAAAUCUUGUUUUGUACAUUCUCAUCAUCAUUCACUGGAACGGUUGCAUUUAUUAUGCGAUUUCAAAAUCGAUUGGAUUUGGUAUUGAUACCUGGGUCUAUCCAAACAUAUCCCAUCCUGAAUAUGGGCGACUUAGCAGGAAAUACAUCUACUGCCUUUACUGGUCCACUUUGACCUUAACUACCAUUGGAGAGACACCUCCUCCUGUCAAAGAUGAGGAGUAUCUAUUUGUGGUCAUUGACUUCCUGGUCGGAGUUCUCAUCUUUGCCACUAUUGUUGGUAAUGUGGGCGCCAUGAUCUCAAACAUGAAUGCGUCUCGAGCAGAGUUCCAAUCCAAAAUUGACUCCAUCAAACAGUACAUGCAGUUCCGUAAAGUGAGCAAAGAUCUCGAGGCUAGGAUCAUCAAGUGGUUUGAUUACCUAUGGAUCAACAAGAAGAGCGUGGACGAGAAGGAAGUCCUCAAAAACCUACCCGACAAACUAAAGGCCGAAAUCGCGAUCAACGUCCACUUGGACACGCUGAAGAAAGUCCGGAUAUUUUCAGAUUGUGAAGCUGGUCUUUUGAUCGAGUUGGUGCUUAAGCUGCAGCCUCAAGUGUAUAGCCCUGGGGACUACAUCUGCCGAAAGGGCGACAUUGGCAGGGAGAUGUACAUCAUCAAAGAAGGCAAACUGGCAGUUGUAGCCGAUGAUGGGGUAACACAGUUCGUAGUCCUGAGCGAUGGCAGUUACUUUGGGGAGAUCAGCAUCUUGAAUAUAAAGGGCAGUAAGGCAGGCAACAGGCGGACCGCCAACAUAAGAAGCAUAGGCUACUCUGACCUGUUUUGCUUGUCCAAAGCUGACCUGAUGGAAGCCCUGACUGAGUAUCCAGAUGCCAAAAAGAUUCUGGAAGAGAAGGGACGUCAGAUUCUGAUGAAGGAUAAUUUAAUAGAUGAAGAGGCAGCAAAAGAGGGUGCAGAUCCAAAAGACCUGGAAGAGAAGGUGGAGAGAAUGGAGUCUUCACUGGAUUGCUUGCAGACCAAGUUUGCUAGGCUCAUGGCAGAGUACAAUUCCAGUCAAAUGAAGCUGAAACAAAGGCUGACAAGAGUAGAGAAAACAGUAAAAAUCUAUGGCAGUGGCUACUUAUCUGAUGGCCUGGACAGUUCAACUGACAUAGAACUAGGAAAACAGUGACAAGAAUAAAUGGCGAUUACUGAACUGUUUUCUUACUAUUUUGAUACACCGGAUGAGAAAAAAAAUUAUUUUUGUAAAUUCAGUAUAAGUUUAGUUUAUACAUUAUAAUUCUUGACGAAUCUGUUAGCAUUUUAUGUGGAUCUGCCACUAAACUUUAACAACAAAUGAUGAUUAAUUUAGUACCAAAUGAUUUUCAGUCGUUUUUUUAAAAAAAGUGUCAGUCGGAUUGGGGAGUUGAAUUCAAUACGUUUGACAAGUAGUAAAGAGCUUGGAAACACAAAGUUCUUGUUAUAACAUCUUGUGCUGUCAAAAUUUGAAUGUUUUGACAUUUUUAUUGUUUAUGAUUAUAUUAGAUACAUACUGCAUAAAAGUUAUGCAAUAUAUGCACUAGGGCCCUCACUUUGCUGAAUAAAGCCAGACAUUCUCUCUUCUUAACAGGGAAGAAGAUUUUUUAAAAAUUCAUCCUUGGAAUAUGGGCGUCACCAGUUGGCCCAGUAUUUAUUGUUCAACCCUAAGCGCCCAGAGGGCAGUUAAGAAUUAACCACAUUUCUGGAGUCAUACGUAGGCCAAAUCAGUUAAAGAAGGCAGAUUUCCUCCCCUAAAGAACAUUAGUGAACCAGAUGGGUCUUUCCCUUGACAAUCAGCAACGGUUUCAUGGUCAUCUUUAAACUCCUAAUUCCAGAUUAUUAUUCCACUAUAUACCAGGGUGGAGGCAUGGUAAGUGGCUCAUGACAGGUCUUGCUGGGUUGAGGGUUGUAAGGGGCGCUGGACAGUCAGAGGCUGCCAGUUGUCCAUUGCAAGCAGUGCCAUUGGGCAACUGCUGGCAAUGUACCCAAGCUAGAAUCCAGGUCACAGCUAAGUCAGGGCAGAAUUGGAGUGGUGAGGGUGGGGUGGGAGAGCACAGGACAUUGGAAGACAGGGAUCAACAGCGAGGGUGAAUGUCUCAAACAGUGUCGUCAAUGAAGGAGCCUCCCCAGGACCCCACAGUAAAUGUGACAGGGUUUGUUUUUCAGACAUUAGCAACUGCUCUCAACCCCCUCAAAACAAUACCAGCAAUAGCAGAAUGACACCCUUCAGUGCCAUCCACCAAUCAUUCUGUCCAGACACAAUUGUUGCAGGAGCAAAAAAAAACAGCGUUGUCCCCCUCUUUUGCCUCAUACCACCCACCUCCCCAACAUGAUGAACUGCCCUCUCAUUUUCCAAACUCAUCUUGAGGAAGGGCACUAAAUUCCAUCUCACCAAAACUUUUAUGCAUGAAUGUUAAGCACAGUCAGACUUGAAAUUUAAACAAAAAAAAGCUGCUUACUUAUUGAUACCAUUUAAUGACCAUCCCAACUCCCCCGUCCCCACCUUGAUGUAUGUGAUCGUCAAUGGUAACUUUGUAAAAAACCAUACUAACUCUUGAAGUUGAUACCAUGCGGAACAGCUGUUAGCAUUACUCUUUUCCGAAAAGUGCCUCGUGGUAACAUUAAAAUAUCAAGUUCAUGAAAAAAUGUUUUCAUCCAACUAAUUUUCCAAAUGUGACUAAAUAAAAUUUGGUGACUGCAGAUUCAUCACUGGGAAUAGACAACGAGGCUAAUGCAUUGGAAACUUUCAGAUGGUAGCUUUGGCAGAUUAUCCAGUUUAAUUGCAAGAUGAACUAUCUGGGCAAGUUAACCUCUCUCCUGUACUUUGGAAAAAUAAAAUGGACUGCAGAUAUGUACCUUACCAAUCCACUUAUCCAGAUUAGGGUUCACCAAAAAAAGUGUAUUGAGCAAAAUAGGCUCAACCUGACUAUUUUAUCUAAUCUUCCUGUACAUUGGUAAUCAAGUUGUUGCAAUCCAAGACUGGUAGUUCUUCUCAUCUCCAAAAGGUGACUUUUUUUUAAAAAAAGGGAAAAACAGGUCUUGUUUAUGUCUGUUGGAAAUGUAAUCCUAAAUUAAGUCAAAUCCAAAAUAAGUCAAGUCCUAAAUUAAGUCUUGCAACCUGUUGUCAAUUUUUGUUUGGAUGGAAACAUGUUGUCAGACAUUUUUUGCAUUAUCAGAGUAAAUUUUGCAUCAAACUUAUCACAAUUUAAUAUAUCAUUUUGCCGCCUUUCUUCUGGCAAGUGACUAUUAUUCAAUUCUCCACUCCAAUUAUUGGGAACACACUGAAGUUCAAUAAGAGGGUUCCUGAGGUUGAGCAAGAAUCUAGAAAUGCUGGAAGUUCUGGAAGAAACUCAGCAAUUUACAUAGUGCCUUUAAAUGUCCCAAAGCUACCCAAGCAGGAACUCUUGGGAAUAUAUAGAAUGUCAGUCAACAGAUGGAAAAAAUAAUGGCAGUUUUGAGUGAGAAUGUUGAUUACAACCUAUAUUUCUGAGUAUUUGAACAAUAAACACUCACUUAAAUAUCAAACUUAGGUACAGCCCUUUCCCAGUUCUUUUCAGAAGCACUAUCUACAGAUGAUUUAUGCACCUAUAAUUGGUACAAAGAAUAAUUAAUUUAAAGUUAGAUUAAGAUGUCUGCUCAUAUUUAUUGCUGUUUAAUGAUGUGGUGUAUUUACUGUACUACCAAAAUAAUUUGGCAAGUGUGAACAUGUCUCUGUCGGGUGUAGCCUGUUUGUAAUGCUGCGUAACUAAGACUCAAUAGAUGAUGGAUGGCUCUGCAAAUAGUGAAGAUGUUC